CUGUCUGCUGUCCGGGUGCAGUUCAAUAAUGGAGUCUCUGAUUCUGUGCUGAACCAGCUGCUGGAUAAACUCCUUCAGCACGGUGCUAUGAUUAAUGAGGAGAUGCAGACAGCAAAGACGAAGCCCAGAGCAGAGAAAGCUCCAGAUGUGAUUGAUACUGUGAUGAGGAAGGGACAUGAAAGCAGCCAAACUCUGAUAGAGGCUCUUAGGGAGGUUGACCCCUGCCUUUCCAGAGAGCUGAAGCUGUGGUCUGACCGGUUCCAUGAGGGUCAGAGGAGCCUUCACGAGGGCCGGACAGUCCUACGGAGGCCCAGGAAGGACAUGCUGUCCAUUUAUGGGAGGCUGAUGGAAGGUGACCACGUGGCUUCAGAGGAAAAGACACUCUUCUGCUCUUACUGUGAAGCAGUCCUGAUCCUGGGUCACUUCCAGAGACCGGGAGCGGUGGAGGACUAA